AUGCCUCCUCCAUUCGCUCUUUUAACGGCUGCCGCCUGCUUUCUUGUCUCGAUGGUGGCAGCCUUCUCCGGCAACUUCGAACUGACCAAUCUCGUCGUCUCCUCUCCAUUCCAAGCAGAUCCAAAGUCCACGGAAAGUACAUACGUCGAGUUCGACUUCUGCGACCAGGACACGCCUGACAUCGGCUCGACACACUGCUGUGUCCAAUGGGCCGUGGGUUUGAAUCCCCCAGUCACGUCGGGAAAUACCUGUGACAACACAACCUUUGCCGUGCUGGUAACCUCCUGGGGUGGUGUUCAGAAUCUUUCACUGGAGUUAUCACACACGUAUAUUGACAACAGUGUCGGUCAAGCACCUUACAAUGUCCUUACAAAGUUCGCAGACCUGAACCUGACAUAUCCUGGCACCAACAACUAUGAGUGCGACUCGGCCCAGGCUGAAUGCAAGAGCUGCGAUGGAGAGGUGAUCGUGGCAACCGUUUCCAGGGCCGUUGCUUGA